AUAAAGACUACCAGAGAUUCCUUAAACAACAGGAGACUAUCACCAUGGCGAUGUUGACCAUAUUUCUGCUUCUCAGCGCUGCCUUUGCUCUGGGUGAUGCAAGGGAUCUGAAUGACGCAGAGAACCUGAUACCCAACCUGCCAAUCGAGUCUGAGGAGAUGGGGGCGAAGGAGAAGUGGGGACUACAAACCAGGAGUUCAUCAUGCCCACCUGGUUGGCACAGUUCUGGGACACACUGUUAUCAGUACGUCCCCAUCUUGGCCAAUUGGCCAGAGGCAGAGCAUUACUGUUUGCUAUUGGGAGGUAACCUGGCAUCAGUGCACAGCCGUUCCCAGUAUAACUUCCUCCUGUCUGUCAUCCAAAGAAGUGCCAACGGAGCCCAGCGCAUCUGGAUUGGAGCCAACGAUGCCAUCAAGGAGGGUCUUUGGCUGUGGAGCGACGGGUCCAGGUUUAGGUACCAGAACUGGGGCCAGGGGCAACCCGAUAACAGCAACCAUGGUGCUUGGAACGACAACACGAAUGGCCGUGAGCAUUGCAUGGAGAUGAACUAUGGAGGUGACCGCGGCCAGAAUGAUGCACCCUGUAGGAUGCAACUGCCAUUCAUGUGUUCCAGAAAACUGUGAUUUCUACAGAUUAGGAGAGAAUACAUGUUCUAUCGUUACUCACAUGGUUAGUCUGUCAUCAUGUUUAGUGUACUUUUAUAUUCUUGCUGAUUGUAAUGUGGGAUUUUAUUGCUUUUUUAUCUUGAUGAUUAUUGCUGAUUAUGUAAAGUGAC